GACAACAAAGUUUUAUUUUAAAUAUAAAAUCUUUUCUUAGGAAUUAAUGAAUAAUUCCUCCGAGAAAGAAUUUCUUCUGAAGAAAUUAUUAAAUAAAUACUUACAUAUCAAUUGUAGAUUAGUCAAAUAUUUAAAGAAAGUAAGCAUACCUACUUAUUGCUAAAUUCUAUGAAAUAAUUCUUUAUCAGGAAGGUGUGUUUAUUUUUUUGGCACAACAAUUUAUUACUUACUCUACUUUUUGAUACAAACGUAACAAGUCCACUGAUAAAGUCCCUAAUCGCGCAAAUUUAAUAUUUUGGAGAUCAUAAAAAUAUAUUUUUAGAUGCUCUAAUUCAUAAUUUUCUUGUAAUAAAAAUUAAUUUGAAGCUCUUCUUUCAAACAAAUAAAAUAUUCUGUCUCUCGGAGCCAUUGUCCGGAAGCAAUCUUUUGAGUAAUCUUCAUAUGCACAGCACCCCGGUGCGUGGGCGUCAAUUUAGCAAAUUAAUUCAAUUCUCAAGAUUCCCCCUUAAUUCAUUUUGUCCAGCUGAAUCUCCUCGAGAAUCAUCAUCAGUCUGAUGUGCGAUGUUGCGCGAGAAGUUGAUCGUUGUAUUGCUGGUCGUAUUGGGGGUUGCUGAUGCUGCUCCUCCGUGUAGCAUUUACCUCACCCUCACCCCAUUGGCGAGGAGUGCUGAGGAGAGAUUCCUCGAAGUGAACUGGGGUAGUGCGUGUGAGGAGAAAAUGUGGAUUGGGGUAUUCCAGAAGAAUCCCUCACUGUACAAUGAGCAACCCAUCUACUACCUUGAAACUCACGGGCAACCAUCAGGCUAUGAGUUGACGAGUAUUCAGCUGGGACGUUUAGAUUUACCCAAAGAAUGGGAGAGUCCUGCUGGGGAGAAGAAGAACUUCCACACCGAAUGUUUGCCAUACUUUGUUGCUGGCUUCCGGGGGGAUGAUCUUGUGUCGCUGGAUUGCCUGAAGAUUCAACCACAGUGGCAGACACAGAUGAAGGAUCGUAUUGGCAACAUUCCUCUGCGGAAGCUCUUCAUUCCCGGAACUCACUGCUCAGGAUGCUACAUGAAUGACACACAGACUCGGAUGCAGCUCCUGCGACAUUUUAUCUUCCCGCAGGAUUUUGAUGUGUGGACACAGCUAGUCUUUGGGGUACGCUACCUGGAUGUGAGUGUUGGCUACCACAACAAUGAGAAGACACGUGAAAAAUUCUGGAUUGUUGCUGAUAACAUCAUUGUCUCACCGCUAGACAAACUCCUCGAGGAUGUUAAGAGAUUCAUUGAAGUUAGCGGAGAAGUUGUAAUCCUGGAUUUCAGGGACUUCCCAUUGGGUUUCCUUAGCUCGGGAACUAUGGCAGAGAGACACAAUGAAUUUGUGGAAUAUCUCGAGCGAGAGCUCAAAGAUGUAGCUCUUCCGCGGCAGGAUGGACGGGAAUCCUUUGAUUUUACACUAAAUGAAAUUCAAUCCAUGGGAAAGACUCUCAUUGUAACGUAUGGGAUACCAGGAUUAGCUGAGAAGAGUCAGUACCUGUGGAGGUGCUGGGAAGGGCACACAAGUGCAUCACUUAUGGAUUCAGAAAUGACGGAAUAUGUGAGGAAUCUCUUUGGGCGAAGGAACACGCCGGGCAUGGAAGUUCCAGACAUUGGAUGGGUAUUCUACGGGAUCCAAUCAAUUGAAAGUUACGUGGGUAGUUCGAGAAAAAUUCAAUCAGCUCGCGAGAGAGCUGCAGCAAUCAAUAGGAAUCUCACAACAUGGUUGAGUGGUCCAUGGGGACUCAAUGCCAAUGCCGUGGCCAUUGAUUUUAUUCUCUCAUCGAAUCUCCUGGACAUUGCUCUCCAUACAAAUCGUCACAAAGCCCAUAAGGCAUCAGAUCUCCUCAACAUGGACUAUUAGAACCAUCCAAUUUCUGCUGCUAAUCCUUCUCUGACUGUGUGGCAAUGACCUUCCAAAGGCAGGCAGCCCAAUGGAACCUCCCGCGCCACCCUCCUCAACGGCAAAAAAAUUCCAAGUGAAUGGAAUUUUUCUCUCUGUCUCUAAACAGCCUUGCACCGACAACGACCUCCGGUAUGCAGCCGAUCUAUUCUAUAUUUACAAGCAAAUUGGCGGCGACAUUCACUCCUCACUGGGUCACAUCGUUUAAAUGUUCUCAAACGUGGCGAGUUCACCUUCUAACUAUAAAAGCUACAAGAAUUCCAUGCGCCAAUUUCAUUAAGCUCGCGAUGGGCGGCAAAUCCACGAAGAGCUUUUAUUUUUUAGUGGUUUUAUCUGAAUUUUUUUUCAGCAUUUUAUAGCCCAAAUUAUAUAAUGAUUGUUGAAAUAGGUAAAUUUUAACGUGUAUCAUAUGCACAAGUGCAUUCCAGAGUAGUUGAUUGUAUAAAUUAAAGAUUAGGAGUGAAAAUUAAAAGAUUUUUUUUAUUCCAAA